UUUGCCUUGCGUAUACUACUUCAUCUUACAUCAAACAAAUUAAAACUGUCCAGCAUGGCGGACGAAGUUCAUCGUAAAAAGCAAACAAUUUUGUUCUUGAAAACCCAAAACGUGAAUGACAACUACGAAAAGCUCUUUACCGAAAAGAAUUACUUUCCCGUAUUUAUACCUGUACUUUCAUUCGAUUUCAUCAAUCAGAAUGAACUUAGAGAGCGACUACGACAUCCACAAAACUGUCGCGGUUUGAUCUUUACAAGUCAACGCGCUGUGGAGGCGGUCGACAUUUGCGUCAAAGAUACCAACUUUAUCGAAGAAUGGAGCUCAGAUUUGCACGAAAAAUGGUCCAAAAUCCCAGUUUUAACAGGAAAAGCGACAGGCAAAUACGCGAGAGAGAACUUGAAAUUUGAGACGAUUGUUGGUGAAGAAUCUGGUUGCGCCGAGGAACUUGCGAAUAUUAUUGUAAACAAGCUCACUGCGUCAGAUGCAGGUAAAGAAUUGCUUUUUCCUUGUGCUAACAUAAAGAAAGAAACAUUACCAAACAUAGUGAUGGAGAAAGGAUUCAAGAUUUGUUGCAUUACGGCUUACUGUACCAAACCUCAUCCAGAUAUUAUUGAAAACAUACAGAAAUUAUUUUGUGCGGAGCGCGACCUUUGUGAAUUGGAUGCAUCGGAAAAAACCGCCGGGAAUCCGUCGGGAAAAGCAGUUGUCCGUUCGCAAGAGCCUGCAUGCAUCGUUUUCUUUAGUCCAUCUGGAGUUAAUUUUGCGGGCGAAGCUUUGCGAAAACACUUGAAGACAUUCAACGAGUCAAAGCUAGUUGCUAUAGGAAAAUCAACUGCUAAAGAGUUAGAUAAACACAAAUUAUUUGUUUCGGGAACUUCGCAAAAACCAAAUCCAGAAUCACUACUUCAAGUAAUCAGUUCUAUCUUGGAAUAGCUUAGAGUUGUUCGCUUUAAAUUUGGAACAUAUAUUACUGAUAUGCUUUAUAAGUCAUCACAGACCAAUAUUGAACAAUAUUUUGAAAUAAAGAAUGUUCAUUAAUACCUCUAUGUACAAGAAGUGAUUGUGAAAACCAAAAUCGCGAUGUGUAAUUUUUAUGAAAUUUAAUUUGUAAGAAGUUCAUUCACAAUUGUCACCUCAAAGCUUCCAUUAUCUGUAUAGCACACUUGGCAACCUGGGAAUAGUCAUUAAAAAUGACCUGUUAGAAAGCAAGAUGUGAUAAUGAAAUACAAAGUACCACAAACAAA